AUGCAUCAAUCGAAGACAACUGAAUUGGAGUUUCUAUCAACAAUACCUCCAACUAUAUUUUAUCCUGAUCUUGAAAAAAGUACCAGCACCACGAAAUCAAGUACUGCUCGUACUCCACUUCCAGUCAAGUGUUGGGCUACAUUUUUUGACGAGGUCAAAGCUUACCACUUUGAUGACUGUAUCCAAUGUUACUCGCAACCAACAUUUAAGACCUAUGAUAAAAGUUAUGACAUAUCAAAUGAAGAAGACGUUAGUGGAGCGUUGAAAAAUAAUUUACUUGACAACCUCAAUAUUAUUACGGCAUCACGAAAACAAAUAGAGGUAUUCAAGAGGAUUUCGAAGGAAGAUAAAGUUGUCGGAGAACCCGAUUUCAUCUAUAAACGAAUCGGUAAACGAGUUGGCAAACUACUGUUACCAAUCGAAGUGAAGACCUCCUGGGUCUUAUAUCUGGAAGAUGAUGAACCACUUCAUGAACGAUACGAAAAAGACUUGGAGAGGAAAAGAAGUGAAAAAAUACUUCCAGACUCCAAUAGCAAAAUUUCUGUUGUGGACAUUAUUCGCCAGAUUUUUGGGUAUCUAGUUGUCAAUCGAUUGCAAUAUGGUAUCCUCACAACUUAUAAUCAACACUGGUUCCUUAAAAGACCAAAAAAUGAACCAAGAGCCCUUUAUAUUUCUCCCGUAAUAAACAUAGGAUCAAAGAAUCCAACAGUCUUUCAAUGCUAUGGAUUCUUACAGUAUCUAGCUAAAAAAGAUACUAAAUGUCCUAGUCCGGGAGCAACGCCAUCACAAUCAUCAUCAUCAAGUAUUGAUGAUAAUGAAAGUUCGGAUAACAAUACAGCGGCUUCAGAUUAUGAGGAAACUUCGGAUAACAUUACUUCGGGUUCGGAUUAUGAAGAAAUCUUUUCGUCGUGA